GGUUGGAGAUCAGUGGUAUAGACUAUGUAUAACCCCCCCGUCUCCCCCCCCCCAGGAGUGGGAGGCUCUGCAGCAGAGUGUCCAGCGAAGGGAGAGGGCGCUGUUGGAGACCAAGUCUAAGGUGACCCACCCCGUCUACAGCCUGUACUACCCAGAGGAGAAACAUGAGUGGUGGUGGCUCUACAUCGCUGACCGCAAGGACCAGACUCUAGUCUCCAUGCCAUACCACGUCUGCACACUCAGAGACACGGAGGAGGUGGAGCUGAAGUUUCCAGCUCCCUCUAAAACGGGGAACUACCAGUACUCUGUCAUCCUCCGCUCAGACUCUUACCUGGGUCUGGACCAGAUCAGACCCUCAAGCUGGAGGUGCACGAGGCCAAGGCGGUGUUGGAUAACCACCCCCAGUGGGACAUCCCAGAAACGGAGGAGGAAGACGAGGAACAGGAGGACAGUGACGGGAUUGAGGAGAGCGAAGAGGAGGAUGAAGACAACGACUAAACACACACACAAACACACACAACCACCCCAGGGCAGUUUGUACACACACACAACCACCCCAGGGCAGUUUGUACACACACACCCAUACUGACAUGGACUGUGGACCUCACUAUGGCCCCGCCCCACACAUCCUUUUCUACAGAAACCUAGACUGGGUCAUGUCCUGACUCUAAUGUUCACUUUCACAGGAGAACUGUCAAUAUAUAUAUCCAGCCCUGUGUGUCUGUGUCUGUCUGAAUGAGAGAGUGUGUCUGUGUGUUUGAUUGAGAGAGAGUGUGUGUCUGUGUGUUUGAUUGACAGAGAGUGUGUGUCUAUGUGUUUGAUUGACAGAGAGUGUGUGUC